CCGAAAUUCGUCAGUUCUCGCCUUCGCGUCCUUGUGUGCAUUCAAUCAACUCCAUUCAAUCACUGAUCUCAUAGGGACAGUGCAUUCAACAAACAAUACAAUUUUUUUCAAAACACUCACGUUCACUUCUGUUCUCGAACCCCUCGGCAGCAUCUGGACCAGUUCUUAGUGUUCUUUUCAGUAGGAAGUGUCAAUUAUUCAGUAUGAACUUCCACUGAUGCACCCUCGCGGCUCGAUUGUUUGGUUAUGGUAAUGUUUAUUAGUAGGUGACUUGCAUAAUUCUAGCCAUCAGUACAAUAAUUCACGAGGGAAAAUGGAUUCAGCUGAUUACAAGUUGAAUUGUACAUUGGUCGGGCACACUGGGGAUGUCCGGGCUAUCGCAUUUUUUGAAGAUGGGACAUUGGUGUCAGCAUCGCGUGACAAGACCGCACGUGUGUGGAGACCAAGCCGAGACGGUCGCGAGUACACAACAACAGAAAUCCUAAAAGGCCACAAAAACUUCGUGAGUUCAGUAUGCGUCCUGCACCCCUCCCCAAAGAACCCCCGCAGCCUGAUAAUAACAGGCAGCAACGACAAACGCAUCCGAAUCUACGUCCUCGGUGACGACAGCCCAACCCAAACGAUAACCGCCCACGAGGACACAGUCUGUAAUUUGCGCACAGGCCACGAAGAUGGCACGUACCUCUCGAGUUCCUGGGACCUCAGCGCCAAGCUCUGGGGCCUGGACAACCCCGAGGAGCCGAGGCUGAUCCUCCACGGGCACUCCCUGAGCGUCUGGUGCGUGGCGGAUCUUAAAAGUGGUUUGAUCGUCACAGGAUCAGCUGACAAACUGGUGAUCGUUUGGUCCCGAGAUGGUACGGCCCUCCACAAGCUCGAGGGUCACACAGACUGUGUCCGUGACAUUGCUGUCGUCAAAGACGACGAGUUCCUGACCUGUGCCAACGACACGACCGUCAGACACUGGAGUGCGCUGAGUGGUGAGUGUCUUGGGACGUACUGCGGUCACGAGAAUUUCGUCUACGCGAUAUCCGCUCUUCCAAGUGGAGCCAUGGUGGCAACAGGCGGAGAAGACAGGAGUGUGAGGGUCUGGAAGAAUGGCGAGAAUUGCCAGACAAUUGUCGUUCCUGCCACCUCAGUCUGGUGCGUCAAGAUCCUGUCGAAUGGUGACAUUGCUGCCGGCUCCUCCGACGGACACGUGAGGGUAUUCUCAGCUGAUCCUGAUCGUCACGCCAGUCCUGAGGUGCUUGAGUCCUGGGAGAAAAUUGUCGCCGAGGACCAGGCGCAGUCCAAGCUGGCGCUGAACGAUCAGAUCAAGAUCAAUGAGCUGCCGGAUGCUGCAGCACUCACUGUUCCUGGGAAAAAGGACGGCCAGACUCUGAUGAUCAAGGAGGAGGGCAAGGGAGUGGCGUACAGCUGGUCCGCCAGUCAGCAGACGUGGGUCAGGAUCGGCGAGGUCAUCGGGGCUGCGGGGGGAAACUCCUCGAAGACGACGUACAAUGGGGUGGAGUACGAUUAUGUGUUCUCUGUGGAUAUUCAGGAUGGCGUUCCACCUCUCAAGCUGCCGUAUAAUAAGACUGAGGAUCCGUGGCAAGCUGCUCAGAAGUUUAUACAUCAGCAUGGACUGAGCCAGAUGUUUUUAGAUCAGGUUGCCAAUUUCAUCGUGAAAAAUUCGGACAGCACUCCAGCCCUCCAGCCUUCCUCCAGCUACGCCGACCCCUUCACCGGUGGUAGUCGUUACAUCCCAGGCUCAGGACUGCCCAAUACCCCCCAGCCAACGGCAUCAGUUCCCAACCCAGACCCCUUCACUGGUAUCACAGCAUCCUCAUCCUCACUGCCAGAUGCGCCCCCCUCUGCAUCAGUCUACAUCCCCCAUCGAAGUUAUUUAAAGCUAGAACAGGCGAAUGCUGCUGCUAUCCUCGAUAAACUGAAAGAAUUCAAUUCGAAAAUUGUAAAUACAGAUAAACUGCCAGAGGAGACGUUGCAAACUGUAGUGAAUUUGAUAAACAAAGACUCUUCUGACGAGAGCACAGAGGGAAUAACUGCCUUAUGGAAAAUCCUCGGGGAUUGGCCUCCAGAGUUCUCCUUCCCAGCCCUCGAUGUUGCUCGACUAGCUGUCCUCCAUCCAUACUCCAAUCGACACAUAUGCUCAGAGACAUUGUUUCCAAUAGUUCAUCGUCACACGUCUUCUGAGGCUGUCGCAGCGAAUCAAAUGCUCACCUUCAGAUUACUAGCUAAUAUGUUCACCCAGGAGGCUGGCGAGCAGUUUGGUCUCAAUUACAGUGAUGAUUUCCUGAAUCUACUCGUCAACUUAGCAUCGUUUGGUAGUAAAAAUAACCAGGUCGCUAUAUCAACGUACAUCCUAAAUUUGAGCAUUGCAUUGAAUAAACGAGACGAUGUGCAGAGAAAAAUCCGAGCCCUCAGUGUGAUAAUGACAAUACUGCCGAAAUUCAAAGAAAUUGAAGCAAUUUUCCGUGCGCUGGUUGCACUUGGUACCUUGAUAGCUGGUACUUCUCAUAGUAAUAAUCAGAGACAACUGAUUCAUGCGGUUAAAAGUUCCGACUCUACAGUUAAUAGUCUACAAACAAUGGCACAGAGCAAAUCUAUGCACGAUCCACAUGGAAAAGUUGCGAAAUGCUCGACUGAAAUACUUGCUUUGAUUGUGUGAAUUUAUGGCAAUUUGUAUCCUAUUUUUUUCAAUUCAUGUAUCUGUGGAAUAAAAAAAAGCUUGCAUAUCA